CUGGAGAGCGUCAUGGUGAGAAGGCCCUCGUGCGCGUGUCAAAUACAGCGGAAAGACGGAAGCGGAGUGUGUGUGACCCUUCAGAAGCGUGUGUGAGAGUCGGAACCGGGGGAGGGACACGGAAUGAGUGUGUUAGUCGUCCUGACUUUAAGAUUUUCCCUCUAACCUCAUUCACUCCUCCGUCAUGUCGCUGCUGACUCACGUGCUGGCGUGUCUGUUUGGUAUGGGCUCAUGGGUGGCCAUCAACGGGAUGUGGGUGGAGCUUCCCUUGGUAGUUCAAGACAUCCCUGAGGGCUGGCACUUGCCCUCCUACCUCACAAUCCUCAUCCAGUUGGCCAACAUAGGUCCUCUUUUCAUCACCCUGAUGCAUCGCUUCCAUCCAGGCAUGCUGGACGAGCGUCCGGUAAUCUACGUCAUUGUGGUGCUUGGGAUCAUUGCUACAUUCCUGCUGGCUUUCUUCUGGAAGCACACAGUGCAAGUCGGAGCCUCUUCGCGCAGUUUGCCCUUCCUGGUUUUAAGCUUCCUGCUUUCUGUAGUGGACUGCACCUCCUCGGUCACCUUUCUACCCUUCAUGAUGCGGCUGCGUCCACAGUACCUCACUACAUACUUCACUGGUGAAGGCCUCAGUGGUCUGGUGCCUGCGCUGGUGGCUCUGAUUCAAGGUGUUGGGGUGGUCCACUGUCAAAAUGCCACUGUGGCUGGUGCUGAUAAUGGGACUACAGUUGGCAUUGCAGAGUUAAAAGCCGUCUACAUGCCAGCAAAAUUCUCUGCCCAGGUCUUCUUCCUGUUCCUCAGCGCCAUGAUGGUCGUGUGCCUGGUAGCCUUCAUCCUGCUCAUCCAUCACCCAGCCGUGGCUCGAGAGAGAAAAUGCAACCUGUACUUCAGCAGUGAUUUGGACUCACAGCAGAAAGAACAAAGUCUGCCUCUACAGGACACAACGCCAGAGCAGAAGCCUGUGAUCAAUACUUUGGAGACUGUAAAGAGGACACCUCGCAGUUCUUUUGGGAGGGGGACGUACAGCAACGUGGAGGUGGUGUUUAUCUUCACAGUGCUCGCCUGGGUCAAUGCUCUGACCAACGCUGUUCUGCCAGCAGUGCAGUCCUACUCAUGUCUGCCUUACGGGAAUCAGGCCUACCACCUGGCUGCCACCAUGGCAGCAGUCGCCAACCCAGUGGCUUGCUUCAUCGCCAUGUUUAUACCGAUACGGUCUCUCAGGUUUAUGGGUCUUCUCACUGUGCUUGGGACUGGAUUUGGUGCCUAUAUCAUGGCCAUGGCUGUGCUGAGUCCUUGUCCUCUGCUGGUCCACAACACCUCGGGAACAGUGGUCAUAGUGUUCACAUGGAUCGUGUUCGUCCUGUUCUUGUCCUAUGUGAAGGUCAUCAUUGGAGUGAUUCUGAGAGACGAGGGACACAGCGCCCUUGUGUGGUGUGGUGCAGUAGUGCAGUUGGGCUCGAUGGUUGGCGCUCUGUCCAUGUUCCCGCUGGUCAGCGUGUACGGACUUUUUAAGUCAGGUGACGCUUGCAACACCAAGUGUCCAACAUAGAGUGAACAUGUUUACUUUAAAGCUAUUGCAGUACAAGACUACUGGUACUACAAAGGUCAUGUGUCAGUUCUUGAUUUUGUGUGAGAGAUGUUUAGUUUGUUUGUAAGGAUAUUUAAAGACUUGCUGUUAGUUUGUUCUUCACCAAGAGGCCAAAGCUGUUACUUGAAUUUCUAACAGAGUGAAUUAUUUUUGCUUUUCUAUGAAAAUGUGGGACAGUUGGUCUUAAAAUGUGUCUUAAUGCAAUAAAAGCAGUGUAACUUGG